AAGUUCCCACACCCUUUUUCUCGUUCCUACUCCCCCCUACCUCCACCCCUCCCAACACUUCGGGAGCCGGAGGCGGAGCUCCUGUGGGACGGCUGCGGGUUCCUCUCGCAGGCUCUGGAAGGCGAAGCGACGGUCCCUGCUCCUACGCUUCAGUCGCGGUCCUCAUGGCGCUGGCCGUGUUGCGAGCCCUGGAGCCCUUCCCGGCCGAGGCCCCUCCGCUGGCGGUGUUGCUACCUCCAGGGGGGCCGUGGCCGGCGGCGGGGCCUGCUGGCCUGGUGCUGGCUCUGAGGCCGGCGGGGGCGGGGCCGACGGGGCCCGCGCUGCUGGUGGCUGCUCUGGAGGGCCCAGGCGAGGGGCCGGGGCCGGAGCCGGAGCCGGAGCCGGAGCCCGGGCCCCCGGAGCUGCUGGUGAGCCGGACCCUGCUGCGUCUCCUGGCGCUGGGUUCUGGCGCGCGAGUGCGGGCCCGGCCCGUUCGACGGCCCCCGGCGCUGGGCUGGGCCUUGUUGGGCGCCGCGCCGGGCUCUGGCUCCGGGACGGGCCCUCGAGCCGGGCCGGUGCUCGUGCGGCGCGGAGAGGCAUUGCCUGCGCUUGGCCCCCGGGUGCUGGAGACGCGGCCGGCGCUGCAAGGGCUGCUGGGCCCCGGCACGCGACUGGCCGUGACCGAGCUCCGGGGAAGGGCCGCUAAAGGGGGCCCCGUGCCCGGGGACAGCCGCCCCCCGUUGCCGGCUCCACCCGUGGUGUCCUCCUUCGCGGCCCCGAGCGUGCCCCGGCGGCUUCGGGGUAUCCUGAGCGGGAUCGGGGAGGCGCUGGGGGUCAGCAGGAGCUGCCUGCGGGGCCUCGGGCUCUUCCAGGGAGAGUGGGUAUGGGUGACCCCGGUCAGGGAAGGGACACCGGCCCCCCGGCCUCACCUAGCCAAGAUGCAAGUCCAGGACCCUCGCUGGAAUCUCCCCGAGAAGUUGGGAGCCGGGACCCCGGAGCUGGGGGAGCCCCUCGCCGACGGGAUGGCCCUGGUGCCUGCCAAUCUGGCCUUCAAUCUCAACUGUGAACCCUUAGAAAUCGGGGAGCUCAGCAUUCAGAGAUACUCAGAAGGAUUCAGGAGUCCUGAGGACAGAGGAAGCUGUUCAGUGCUGUCUGGGCCUCCAUUUGCCAGAGAGCUGCACAUUGAAAUUGUGUCCUCCCCCUGCUACAACACCAGUGGCAACUAUGACCAGGCUCUUUAUCAGCACUUUGAGACCCCCAGGGUAGUCCAGGAAGGGGAUAUUCUGUGCGUGCCAACAGCUGGGCAAGCGGACGUCUUAGAAAGAAGCCCAGAUAAACUGUUCAGGUGGCCUUUUCUGUUCUUCAAAGUGAAGACAACUGUUGGGGAGGCCCCAGAGGAACCAACCACUGCAUAUCUGGCUGAUACAACCCAUACCUCCUUGUACAUGGUAGGGUCUACUCUGAGUUUUGUUCCAUGGCUCCCUUCAGAGGGACAAGGUCUGUGGAGCAGCCUGUCCCCUCCAGGGCUGGAGACUCUAGUGACGCAACUCUGUGACAUCCUGAGGCCACGACUCCAUCCUGGGGGCUCUUUGUUGACAGGGACCAGCAGUGUCCUCCUGCGGGGUCCCCCCGGCAGUGGGAAGACCACAGCUGUCACUGCUGCCUGCGGCCGCCUUGGGCUCCACUUAUUCAAGGCAGACUGCUCGAGACUGUGUGCGGACUCCAGUGCAGCGGUGGAGAGCAAGCUUCGGGCCACUUUCUCCCGGGCUCAGCUUUGCCGCCCGUCUGUUCUGCUGUUGAGAAGUGUGGAACUCCUGGGCUGGGAACGAGAUGGGCUGGGUGAGGACGCCCAUGUGGUAGCCGUGCUUCGACACCUUCUUCUGAAUAAGGAUCCCCUCAUCAGUUCGCUACCUCUGCUGGUGAUAGCUACAACAAGCUGCCCCCAGAACGUGCCCUCUGAUGUGCAGAUAGCAUUUCCUCAUGAGCUGGAGGUUCCCAUGCUGUCUGAGGAGCAUCGGCUCAGCAUCCUGCAGGCACUCACCACCCGCCUCCCUUUGGGCCAGGAAGUGAACCUCGCCCAGCUGGCAAGAAGAAGUGCAGGCUUUGUGUUGGGUGACCUCUGUGCCCUGUUGGCCUACAGCAGCCGAGCGGCCUGCGCCAGGAUCCAGACAGGUGCGAUGGCUGCCGGCAGCUUGAGUGAGGAAGACGAGGGGGAACUGUGUACUGCUGGCUUUCCCAUUCUGGCCGAGGACUUUGGGGUGGCACUAGAACAGCUGCAGAUGGCGCACUCUCAGGCCAUUGGGGCCCCCAAGAUCCCAGCCGUGUCCUGGCAGGAUGUGGGAGGGUUGCAGGAUGUGAAGAGGGAGAUCUUGGAAACCAUUCAGCUCCCUCUGGAGCACCCGGAGCUGCUGGACCUGGGACUGAGGCGCUCCGGCCUUUUGCUGUAUGGGCCUCCAGGCACUGGAAAAACUCUUCUGGCAAAGGCUGUGGCUACUGAAUGUAGCCUCACCUUCCUCAGUGUGAAAGGUCCUGAGCUCAUCAAUAUGUAUGUGGGCCAAAGUGAGGAGAACGUGAGGGAAGUGUUCUCCAGGGCUAGAGCUGCUGCCCCAUGCAUCAUUUUUUUUGAUGAGUUGGAUUCCUUGGCUCCAAGUCGGGGGCGAAGUGGGGACUCUGGUGGAGUGAUGGACAGGGUGGUCUCCCAGCUCCUGGCUGAGCUUGAUGGACUUCACAGCAGCCAAGAAGUAUUUGUAAUUGGGGCUACCAACAGGCCUGAUCUCCUAGAUGCUGCACUGCUGCGGCCGGGCAGGUUUGACAAACUGGUGUUUGUGGGGCCGAGCGAAGAUCGGGCUUCCCAGCUUCGGAUUCUAAGUGCCAUCACACGAAGGUUUAAGCUUGAGUCCUCUGUGAACCUGGUGAGCGUCCUAGAUCGAUGCCCAGCCCAGCUGACCGGUGCCGACUUGUACUCCCUCUGUACCGAUGCAAUGACUGCAGCACUCAAGCGAAGGGUCCAGGACAUUGAAGAUGGACUGGAGCCAGCUAAUUCAGCACUGCUUCUUACCAUGGAAGAUUUGGUCCAGGCUGCUGCCCGGCUACAGCCAUCUGUUUCGGAGCAGGAGCUGCUCCGUUACAAGCGCAUUCAGUGCAAAUUUGCAGCCUGCUAGGAUCACUUUGGGCUAUACCCCAGCCCUACCCUCUCCAGCAGCCCUGGAACAACAUCAGUGAUCCAGCUGGAGUGGGCAGCGCCUAUCAGUCUAAUUCAGGCCACCUCACCUGGAAAGGCUUCCCUGCCCAGUUCUGCCUCCUUGUUGUGGAGGGAGGACACUGUCAGAGGUCAAAACAGGAGUCAGGGCUGUAGGGACCUGGGUAGGUGAAGGGUGGUAGGACCUGGCAGAAAAUCCUACUGUCCAAAGUUCAUCCUUUACAAUGUUAGCCCAGUUUGGGAGUUUCAACAGAUCCUGCCCCCAUGCAUUACUGUUGAGUGACCAUCACUUCUGAGGUCUGGGCGAAGCACGCCUUCCCCAGUUCCUGGCCAGAAACUAGGUGUAAGAUGAGACUUAUCUUUUCACAUAUGGCCAAUGUAUUUUGUUGCUAUGCAGUUUGUUGGAGAAAAAGUCAUUAGGAAGUGAUGGUGAUUUUUUUUUUCAAAUAUCAGUAAAACAUUUAAAAGAGUUGGGCUUGGCUAAGACCAGGAUAGGCAGAGAGAAAGGAAGGUGGAAGGAGUCCUGGGAACUUAACGCUGAGGCUAGAAAUGGUAUUCACCAUCACUAUCUGUUCUUUCCUAUUCCAGCCCAGAAUAAAAGUGUGUGCUGCCCCCUUCUGGUUUUGUAGGGGUGAGACAGGAGCUCGGGGACCCAAGGACCAGGGGAAAUUGGGACCAAUGGGUGUUAUCCAGGCAAGAAUCAGAAGUGACAAUAGGAGUCAUCAAAUUACUACCUGCCUGGAAGAGACCUGAGAAAUCUUGUCCAGCCUCCUCACUUUACAAAUGAGGAGACCAAGUACUCAGAAAGUCAAGCACCUUGUCCAAAGUCCCAUGCCAAGAUUCAGCCCCCACACUGAUUUUUCCAGUCUCUCUUCUCUGUCCAGGGAGCGGCAUAGGAUGCAGGCUCUGAGGGUCUAGAGCUCACUACAUCUGGAGGGGGCUGUUGAGGGGACAGUGGAAGGAUGUCUUAGUGGCCUAAGGGGAGGGCAAGUGCUUAGCACACAAACACAGACACAGAAGAGGCACGAUUCUGUAUUAUUUGGCCCCAAACCAAAGGUGAGGUCCAGUGUACAACUUCUCCCAGGAUUCCACCAACCUCCCCUUCCAGACUUUCCUCUGUAGGUUAAUCCUGUUUGUUAGGAUGGCUAUGCUGGGUUUGUGAAGUUCUUUGGUGAUGCUUCAGCCAGUCUUCUUGAGUACGUGGAUAAAGUAGCAGGGUGCAGAGGAUUGGCCAGGUUUGUAAGGUUUGAAGUCUCCAAGGACGCUGUGCUGGCACCUCCCUUGAAAGGCUUCCCGGAGAAGCUCUGUGAAGGGCGCCAGGCGAUGAGGGUAGUACGAGAGACGGAACUUACUGCAACAGGAUCAAAGGUGGAGACAGCCAUGAGAAGCUAGAGAGAGAAUAGACUGGGGACCACGAGGGAGAAGGACAUGGAUGGGGAUUCCUCAGUAGGCCUUCAGGUUAGGCCUGCUGCAGAUGGCCUAGGAACCCUGGGACAAGAUAAACCAGAGGAAUGUCUCUAGGAUUGGGGAGGGGGGCUCGGCAGGCUUCCAACUUCACCCUUCUCCCUCCUCUGAAAGAAGUCUCAGUACCUCAAGCCAAGGCUGCCAUCCUUUCCAGCACCAGGUACUUGGACAGUAUAAUCCAGGGUUACCAUGUGAGCCUUGUUGUUCACAGUCAGUACUGAUGUAGUGAUAUCCUUAGUCAGGUCACUCUGUGGAUGGUAGAAAAGGAAGCUACCAUUGCCUCCCCCAAUAGGCCUCCUCCCCUCUGAAAGCUGUAACCUUGGUUAUAGGUUCCUUUAUAGAAGUUUGUAUAAAUUACCUCCUUCCUAUGUAUUUCCUCUCUCCAUUUCCUAGGACUAUUGCCUCCCUCAAAGGGAUCCUCUUUUGCUGAAUCUCGAUAGAUGCCCUUAACACUUGCACCUCUCAGGUGGCCCCCCACACUGUCCAGGAUCCUCUUUCUGCUCCAUGGUCUUAACUGUUUUCUCUGCAGAUAAUUCAAAUACUGGUUGUGUGCCACAGUUCACUCAGCUGUAAAACGAAGGGGUUGCGUGCGAUGGCCUCUCACAUCCCUUCUAGCUUGAAAUCUGUCACUCUGUGGUCCCCGCAUUUGUAUAUCUGUUUUUAGUUGGCAUGUUCUUCAACUAUCUUUGGACAUCUUGAAACAUAUGUGCCACAGGCAUCUCAGCAUGUCUAAAGCGAAACUUGUUCCCUAAUCCCCUUUUCUAGACUCCCUUAUUAGUCUUUUUUUUUUUUGUCCCUUAUCAGUCUUAAGGACACAUCCCCCAAGUCCUCCAAGCUCACAGCCUUGACAUCAUCCUCAGCUCUUUAUCUGUCAUCAUUUCUACCUUCACUGCUUCUCUUGUAUACAUCCCUUUUUCACAAAGCCCUGACUAGCCCAGGACCACAUCACCUGUGACUGGACUAUUGCCAUAUCCUGGUUCAUCUCCCUGCCUCAUCCCUCCCCACGCUAACCCAUCCUCUCCACUUAGCUGCCAAAGUGAUUUUUUUAAAAGCAUAGUUCUGACUGUGUUACCCCACCCUGCUUUGUGAACACUGGUGGUUCCCUGUUAUCUCUAGUAUCAAAUAUGAAGUUCUGCAGCCGCUAGGUGGUGAAGUAGAUAGAGCACCAGCCCUGGAGUCAGGAGGAUCUGAAUUCAAAUCCAGCAUGACAUUUACUAGGUGUGUGACCCUAGGCAAGUCAUUUAACCUUGAUUGUCUCCCCGUCAAAAUCAAAUAUAAAAUUCUCUAUUUGGCAUACUUAUCCCAGCUCCUUCCUAGUUUUCCAUCCUUCCUAUAACCUUAUCCCUCUCAGCAAACUCUACAGCCCAGCCUGUUAACUCAGAGAUCCGCAAUAAAACACUUAUCAACCCUCUCUGUACCUCUACAAUGGCUAUCUCCCGGGCCCGGAAUGCUUUGCCUCCUCACCUCAGCCUCCUAAUUUCCCUGGCUUCCUUUAAAACUCAGCUCAACACUUACUAGCUGUGUGACUCUGGGCAAGUCAUUUAACCCUCAUUGCCCCGAAAAAACAAACCCAGCUCAAAUCCCACUUGCCAGAGGCCAUUCCCAUACCCCCAGGUGCUAGUGCCUUCCUCUCGUAUUAGCUUCCAUGUCCUCUUUAUGUGUCUUGUAUGUAUGUAAUUAUUCACAGGUUGUCUCUUCCAUUGGAAUGUGAGCUCCUUGAGAGCAGGACUGGCUUUUGCUUUCUUUGUAUCCUCAGUGCUCAGCCACAAUGCCUGGCACACUCAGUAAAUGCUUAUUAACUGCCACCUC